UAUCAGAUAGAGAUGAAGCCGAGGGCAGCAAUCAAAGCCCAGGCCUUGGCCGACUUCAUGGUCGAAUGCACGGCACGGGACAACAACCCCAUGCCAACGGCGGAGCAGGAAGAUUGGUGGACUUUGUCCACUGAUGGAUCAUCAGCUGCAAAGGCUUGCGGUGGGGGCGUGGUAAUCCAAUCACCUGAAGGAUUCCGCUCCUAUCAUGCAAUAAAAUUCCAGUUCAAGGUAUCCAAUAACGAAGCCGAGUAUGAAGCAUUACUGAGCGGAUUGAGGCUCAUCCUCAACCUGAAGGCCGAGUACGUCAGGAUCAGGUGCGAUUCGCGCCUGGUCGUCAGUCAAAUCAAAGGGGAGUUCGACACCAAGGAGGAACGGAUGCGUCUAUACAAGGAGGCGGCCUUGGAAUUACUCAAAAUCCUUAAAGGUUACGAGCUCGUGCAGAUCCCGAGGGCGGAAAACACCAAGGCCGACGUCCUCUCCAAACUGAGCAACGACAGUCCCGAGCACAUCUCCAAGAUGGCUCACAUUGAAGACCUGGGGUCUCCGAGCAUUCAUGUUCAGUUCAUAUCUGUCGUCACCAAGGAAGCCAGCGGAUGGAUCGCGGAAUUGAUCCGGUAUAAGAAGGAUGGAGUCCUCCCCGGCGACGAGACGACGGCCCGUCUGAUCAAACGGAGGGCGCCGACGUAUGUUAUUGAGAAUGGCCGACUAUACAAGAGGUCAUACAACGGCACGUUGCUGAGAUGUGUUGACGAAACCAAAGCGGGGCAGAUCAUGGAGGAGGUCCAUGAAGGAAUAUGCGCGGCACAUCAGGGUCCUUUCUCCAUGGCUAGACGCAUUGUCCUGCAGGGAUACUUCUGGCCGACCAUGGUGAAGGACUGUGCCAAGCGCGCAAAGCGCUGCAAGGUAUGCCAAGUCUUCCAGAACAUUCCGGGAAGACCAGGAACCAGCUAUCAUCCCAUCAGCUCGUCGAUUCCCUUUGCUCAUUGGGGGAUGGACUUGAUCGGAUUGAUGCCGAGGGCACCCGGUAACUUCCGUUGGAUCAUUGUGGCCAUCGAUUACUUUACAAAGUGGAUCGAGGCCGAGCCUUUAGUUGGAGGAACAUGAGAACAAUGCUCAAAGUUUGUGAGCAACAACAUACUCUGCCGGUAUGGUGUCCCAAAGCAGAUCACUACAGACAACGGAACCCAAUUCGAAGCUGGGGAUUUCAAUGAACUUUUGGGAGAUUG